GGGAGGAGUGAAAUGUUCACUUCCUGAUCAUUAGCGCUUGCAUCGUCGACCACAAUUUUGUCUGCGAACUCUCCCACAUCUAUUAACUAAAUAUGCCAUCAAGAAGAUGGUUUCACUCUGACAUAUCGGGCUUCGAUGCCGAGAAGUUGUUGCUUGAGCGAGGAUUUGAUGGCAGCUAUCUUGUCCGGCCUAGUAAAAGCAAUCCUGGCGAUUUUACACUGUCAGUGCGGCGAGAUGGUGAGGUGACGCACAUAAAGAUACAAAACACAGGAGAUUUUUAUGACUUGUAUGGAGGGGAAAAGUUUGCCACCUUGUCAGAAUUGAUCCAGUUUUAUACAGAAAACCCCGGGCAGCUGAAAGAAAAGAAUGGUCUGGUCAUUGAGAUGAAAUUUCCUCUCAACUCCACAGAUCCAACAACAGAAAGAUGGUUCCAUGGCCAUAUGUCUGGCAAAGAGGCAGAGACCAUGAUGUUAGACAAAGGAAAAAAUGGAAGCUUUCUGGUUAGGGAAAGUCAGAGCAAGCCAGGAGACUUUGUUCUCACUGUCAGACUGGAGGACAAAAUCACUCAUGUUAUGAUCCGUCAUCAUGUGGAUGGAAAGUAUGACGUGGGUGGAGGAGAGAAAUUUGAUGAUUUGACUGAUCUUGUGGAACACUAUAAAAAAAACCCUAUGGUGGAAAAAUCUGGCACUGUUGUGCAGCUUAAAACACCAUUUAACAACACAAGAAUUAAUGCUGCUGCAAUUGAGGACCGUGUCAAAGUUUUACAAAAAGAGAACAAAAAUGUGUCAGGAAAGGCUGGAUUUUAUGAAGAAUUUGAGGUUCUACAGAAGCAAGAGAGCAAACAUCUGUAUAGUAGAAAGGAAGGAGAAAGGCCUGAAAACAAGGCAAAGAACAGAUAUAAGAACAUCCUACCAUUUGAUCACAGUCGUGUUAUUUUGGAUAAUGCUGAACCAAAUACCAUUGGAUCAGACUAUAUCAAUGCCAACUAUGUUGGGCCCAGUGACUCAGAAGAAGCAUCAAAAAGAUAUAUUGCUGCUCAGGGUUGCCUCCCCAGCACUGUGGAAGAUUUCUGGCAUAUGGUUUACCAGGAGAGCAGCCGAAUCAUUGUCAUGACAACAAAGGAAGUUGAAAGAGGAAGGAAUAAGUGCACUCGUUACUGGCCUGAUGUUGAUACCACAAAGGAUGUUGGUCCCUAUCACGUCAAGCACAUGAAGGAGACAGAGUUUACCGACUACACUUUGAGAGAAUUUGAAAUUACUUCAGAAACCAAUCCCAUACCCAGCACAAUAUAUCAGUUCCAUUACACAGGAUGGCCUGAUCAUGGGGUACCAAAGGAUCCAAGUCCUGUCUUACACAUUCUCCAUGAAGUCAACAGCAGGCAGCAGUCCAUUCCAAUGGCUGGGCCAAUCGUUGUGCACUGCAGUGCUGGCAUUGGAAGAACUGGUACAUUUAUUGUAAUAGACAGUCUGGUAAACAUGAUCAAAGAGCAAGGUCUUGAUUGUGAAAUUGAUAUUUCCAAGAGUAUUCAAAAUGUCAGAGCACAGAGGUCAGGAAUGGUGCAAACAGAGGCACAGUAUGAGUUUAUUUACAAAGCUAUUCAACACUACAUCAGCACAGAGACUGCAAGAUUAAACAGUGACAAUCCGAAUCUUGCUGUCUACGGGAAUUUGGCAAACGUCAGAAAGGGAGGUGAAAGUGAAGCUCCCCCUCCGAUUCCUGCCUAUACUGUGGACAAACCCCAGCCAAGACUUCCCGGCGAAGGUGCUCAAUCCAAUACGUCUCCGAAACUUCCCCCUCGAGACGGUGAUGGAACUCCGCCUCCUCUGGCUCCUAGAAAGAUGGCAAAUGUGUAGUUUUAAAGAAGAAAAUCAGCGCAAUUUUUAUACAAGAAAACAGUGAUGAGUAAUUUAUACCUAUUUGAAUACUUGUAGCUCGACCGCAAUGUCAUGUCACUUUCCAUUACUAGUUCGUCAUGCAAUCCUUCUUGUCACUAAUGGAGUUGUAUUGCGUGUCGUGCGUAGUAACUGCAGGCGUGCUUUUACAGACUAGAAAUUAUUUGUUUGGCUUGGCGCUGGAACAACAUGGGUAAUGAAAUCGAUAUCUGCAAAUCUGGGAAAUUAUGACCUUCAUAGAUUGCAGGUGCACAUUUCUGUGAAACUGAGGAACCCUUCCCAGCUCUCUCCACUGUUAUGUUUGAGAUUGUAACCAUGUUAACGUACAUGAGGACGAAUACAAUCUUUUUUCCUAUUUUUUUUUUUUGCUCUGCUUUUAUAUUUGCAUUGAUGGCAGUAUUUUUAGUUAUAUAAAUGAUCAAUAACAUUUUUCCACGAAUUACGAGCUACCAUUUUUAUUAACCGUUAAAAACCCAAGAUCUGAUUGUUAAUUCUCCUCUCUAGCUACUAGAUAUUUCUUUGUAAAUUAGAUACGAGAAUUUGGUGUUAGAUCAAGAUUACAAUUUCUACCUGAUAAGUUUGAGUAUUCUCAUUAACAUGUUUGAUGGAUAAUAUAUGGAUAUUAUAGGGAGAAGUUGCAUGUUAAUCACUUCUGGGAAUUAAAGGAAACAUGAUUGCAUGUUAAAUAUACACAAAUUGACGGGCUGGUAUAGACAUGUAGAUAGCAGGUAUUUUAUAAUGUAAAUUGAAUGCAGUUUACCCAAUAAUGCAGUUAGACUUGAAUUACACUGAUUUAAUUAAAUGAGGAAUCUUUUCUCAAAUAGUACUCAGAUUUGGAAAUGAAGCUCUAUUGAAUAUUACCAAUGAUAUAAUUUGAUGAAAUUACAAUUAGUUUAGCUAGAAUAAAAGCUGCCAAAAUGCAGUUACCAACUGAUUUUAUAAUCAGCUUCUGAGCAAGCGUGUCUGUACAAAAAUGUAGUCCUUAAAUUACGUCCUAAUCAUUUUGUUCGGGUGUUUGCAGUUUGUUCCCAUGGCAUUGAAACGCUUUAAAGGUGCAGUUUGAGUAGUGUGUGAAACCAUUAUUGGUUACAUGUCAGUAAAUUUUCAUGUUAAUACCAUAUUUUAACUUGCGAUUACAUUGGCAGAUCCAGGUUGGGGGGAGGGGGGAGGUAUGGGGUACGAAUCCCCCACCUUCCUUAUCAUACCCGCGCAGGUUUUUUUUUACGUGAGUAUCCACGUUACGACCCAAUAUGAAGUAUUUAAAAUUUGCUUUACUGGAAAUAUUUCUAAGCUUAUUUCGGCUAUAGUAUUUCCAAAAGCAAAGUUUCUUCCUCCCCUCCCCUCUGGAUCCGCCCUUAAUAGUCAGAGUUACAUGUUUUUCAUAGACAAGCUCAAGUUUAGGGUACAAUAGAUUUUUUAAAUAAAGAAUUGAUGCACAGAA